AUGGCUUACUCUUCUUCUUCUUUGUGUUCAGUGUGCUUAGCCUUCUUCUUCUUCUUCUUCUUCUUCACCCUUCUCCUCCAUGGCUCUCGAGCUCAGCUGAGCUCCACAUUUUACGAUAGCUCAUGCUCAAACGUGUCGGCCGUCGUCCGAAACGUGGUUCAGCAAGCCCAGAGCUCUGAUGUUCGUAUCGUCGCGAGCCUCCUUCGGCUCCACUUUCAUGACUGCUUCGUGAAUGGCUGCGACGGUUCCAUUCUGCUGGAUAACAGUGACAGCAUACAGAGCGAGAAGGACGCGGCGCCCAACAAGAACUCGGUGCGGGGGUUCGAUGUGGUCGACGACAUCAAGACCGCGGUGGAGAACGUUUGCCCGGGCGUCGUUUCCUGCGCUGACAUCCUCGCGCUCGCUGCCGAAGCUUCCGUCGACUUGGCAGGAGGUCCAACAUGGGGUGUACUACUGGGAAGGAGGGAUGGAACCACAGCCAACCCUACCGCUGCCAACAACAUGCCGAGCCCCUUCGAUGACUUGGACACCCUCAAGCAAAAGUUCUCGGAUGUAGGCCUCGAUGACACUGAUCUGGUCGCCUUGUCAGGAGCUCACACGUUCGGCCGCGCGCAGUGCCGCUUCUUCAGCAGCCGGCUCUACAACUUCAGCGGCACCGGCAGCCCCGACCCGUCGCUGGACUCCACCUACUUGGCGACUCUGCAGCAGAACUGCCCCCAGGGAGGAGACGACACGACCCUCAACAAUCUCGACCUCACCACGCCCAACACCUUCGACAACAAGUACUUCACCAACCUGCAGAGCAACGAGGGGCUGCUGCAGUCCGACCAGGAGCUGUUCUCCACCAGCGGGGCCUCCACUAUUUCCAUCGUCAACAGCUUUGCAGGCGACGAAAGCACCUUCUUCCAGAGCUUUGCUUCCUCCAUGAUCAACAUGGGGAACAUUAAUCCACUGACCGGGAGCAACGGAGAGAUCAGAAGCGACUGUAAGAAGGUCAACUAGGGGUGCGUGCGUGUGUGUUUGUUGACUUUAGCUACUGUAUACUCUGAAUAAGAACUGCAAGAAGUUGCCGCGAAAACUAUGAACCAAUGAAGUGGGUGCUCAUGUUAUCGGACCAAGUGGUCUAAUUAA